UUGCUAGUGAAAAUCGUAUCAUGUGAGACCAACCUUCAGCGCAGUGAAGCAACCAAAUUUCCUGUGAGGCUGUUCUUAGAGUCUCUACCCUGUUCAAGUUCUAUAGACCAGAAAGAAUGAGGGUUGCUCCCAGUCAGUGUAUUCUUGGCUUCAUAGGAUUAUCAACUGUGCUGACAGUGAUUGGUUUUACUGCCUGUGCAGUUGUUCUGCUCCUAGCCCCGGGAGAGCCAGAGGUGUGGCUAUACAAUGGAGGCCCGUACAUCAUCUACCCCACCAUUGGAUUGAUUAUUGGCGGGAUUUUCACCAUAGUCAUCAGUAUAGUCGGAUGCUGUGCCGUACAUAAGGACUCUAAGAUGUUACUGAUACUAUUCUCCGUUAUCACCUUUAUUGCAGCUGGUGUCUACCUGGCCAGCUCGGCCACUAUGUUUGUAUUCCUUCAUGUAAACCAGGUUAGGAGCGAGCUGAAUGGUACCAUAGUGGGCCAGAUGUUGAGGUAUUCUGAAUCAACAGGAAACAAUCACUACUACAUGGGCAAUCUUCAAAAAUAUGACCGUUGCUGUGGUGUGGCUAGCUAUACUGAUUGGAGGACGUACAACACCUCGUGGUAUCAGAACAGGAUAGACAACGUCUCUCUAGCCCCGGCCUCAUGCUGUAUGCAGGACAACCAAAACGGAAACUGUUCCGCUAGUGCAGAAAAUAUAUUUAGUACAGGUUGUCUGGAUGUUGUCAUGAUGAGGGUGAACAUUGUAAUAGAUGUUGUACUGGCAGUUACCAUAGUAAUGGCCGUGUUUCAGGUCAUUGCCAGCUUAAUGGGUUGCUAUGGCUCUCACGUCAUAUGGAAAUAUGAACACUAUGACGUUCUCUAGCUAUUCAUCAUUAAUUUUUGUCGAUGCAUCUUUUCUAUUCAAUGUGUGGCCGCCCUCUAGA